AUGUUGGCGGGUGGAGCAGACGUCCAGCAGACAGAGAGCCAGCUGGAGCUGCUGCGGGUGUCGGUACAUGAGCGGAUCAUUGCUGCUGCUGAAGACUUUCUGCUGCAGGUGGAAAAAGGAGAAGAACCGUCAGAAAUCCCGCUGAGAGCGCUGCUCACCGAGCGGCUAACGGCGGCUGCGGAGGAGAUCGUCGGUCUGUUGGAGGAAACCGUGGCGGAGUACGAAGACAGAGUGGAGAGAUCAGAGCGGGAGAUCUGCCGCCAGAGGAGGCUGCUCGAUGCUGUGCUGAAGCCCGAAGUCAAGCUGCUCAGAGCCGAUGUCCAGCAGCUGUUGGAGAGUAAAGAAGAGAAAAAGAAGACCUCCAGUCUGGACCAGCAGGACCCAGAUCCUCCACACAUUAAAGAGGAACAGGAGGAAGUCUGGACCAGUCAGGAGGGAGAUCAGCUUCAAGGACUGGAGGAGGUUGAUAUCACCAAGUUCAUAUUCACUCCUGUUCCUGUGAAGAGUGAAGAUGAUGAAGAGAAACCUCAGUCCUCACAUCUUCAUCAAAGACUAACUGAGGAGAUAAAAACAGAAGCUGAUGGAGAGGACUGUGGAGGAUCAGAACCAGACAGGAACUCACAUCCAGAUACACAUUUACUACCUGAUCCUGAUGACAAGACUCCAGACAUGUCUGUAGCUGAGAUUGAAGUUAGUUGUGAUGACUGGGAGGAGACCAGAUCUCAGUCAGGUUUAAACUCUCUGGAAAAGAAACAAGUCCCUGUCAGCAGUAUGAAGUUUAAUUCUCCUGACAAACCAUUCAGCUGUACUCAGUGUGGUAACAGAUUUGCUGACCGUCAUGAGCUCAAGAACCACACGUGUACUGGUGAAUCACAACUUCAUCAAAGCCACACUGAGCCUCCAGCCUGCAGGUCAGCUGAUGGAGAGGACUGUGGAGGAUCAGAACCAGACAGGAACUCACAUCUAGAUACUGAUGAUGACACUUCAGACUCUUCUGAACCUGAUGAUCGGAUGGAGACCAGUGGACACAAUCUAAAGACACACAUGAAGACUCACGCAGGAGAGAAACCGUUCAGCUGCUCAUUUUGUGAUAAAGGCUUUACACAGAAGGGAUACCUGGCCAAUCACAUGUCCGUCCACACAGAGGAGAAACGUUUCCUGUACUGUGUUUGUGGUAAAAGGUUUGCUUGGCGUUACAACCUCAAGAACCACAAGUGUGCUGGUGAGUCCUCCGAGCUCCAUCCCAGUCAGACCUCGAAGAACAGAGAGGCAGAGCCGCCGGCCAGCUGCUCAAAAAGCUCAAACACUAAUAAACUUCAGAUUGAAGUCAUUGCUGAUGUUUCCAAGGAGACCAAGAAACGUCAGUCAGACUGUCCACGGGGUAAUCACAUCCUGGAAAGUGAAAGUGCAGGAAAUGCUGUAGAGAGACCGUUCAGCUGUCCUGAGUGUGAGAAAAGAUUUCGCCGCAAGAAAAAUCUGCAGGAGCACAUGAGAAUCCAUACAGGAGAAAAACCUUAUGGUUGUUCAGUUUGUAUGAAAUACUUUUCAUGCAGCGGAUCACUAAGAAAACACCUGAGGAUCCACACCGGAGAGAAACCCUUCAUCUGCUCCGUGUGUGGGAACCGCUUCACUGAAAACUUCACCUUUGCCUUCUCCCUGACACAUUUAGUUCACCUCCCUGAGAUUGGACUGACUUCCUGUUAUGACCUGUAA